UAUGGUCACACUUGUGUUCUUCUUCUUCUUGUUCGAACGGGACAAAAAUUCCAUCUUUUUCUGCAAAUUGAAACCCUCUACAAUUUCCCAUUAUUCCAUCGUUUUCUCAAUCCAAUUCCACCGCAAAGAUUCACUCAAAAUCGAAACUUUCACUCUGGGUGGGUGUGUUUUUGUGAACACACCAUACAAAUAUGGAUCAACAUGAGGAUGAAUGCCGCACCGGAGGCGAAAGUAACAGCAAACAAGAUGAUGAGGAAGCCGUUGCUCACCUUGAGGAAAUAAAGAAGUCAAUUGAGGCGAAGAUCGCUUUACGACAAAGCAAUUUGAAUCCCGACAGGCCCGACUCAGGAUUUUUAAGGACAUUGGAUUCUAGUAUUAAGCGCAACACGGCUGUUAUUAAGAAACUGAAGCAGAUUAAUGAAGAGCUGCGUGAAGCACUGAUGGACGAGUUACGAACUGUCAACAUGAGCAAAUUUGUCAGUGAAGCAGUGGCGGCUAUAUGUGAUGCCAAACUUAGGAGUUCUGAUAUACAAGCAGCAGUCCAGAUCUGCUCUUUGCUUCACCAAAGGUACAAGGACUUUGCACCAAGCCUGAUUCAAGGACUUCUCAAAAUCUUCUCUCCUGGAAAACCUGGUGAUGAAUCCGAUACUGACAAAAACUUGAAGGCAAUGAAGAAGCGCAGUAGUCUGAAACUUCUAUUGGAACUUUUUUUUGUUGGAGUUAUUGAAGAUGGCGCCAUUUUUAUCACUAUCAUAAAAGACCUUACCAGUGUGGAGCAGCUAAAAGAUCGGGAUGCUACACAAACAAGUUUGACACUUCUUUCUAGCUUUGCUCGACAAGGGAGGAUUUUUCUAGGACUUUCUGUUAAUGGACCAGAAAUUCAUGAAGAGUUUUUUAAAGGUCUUGCCAUCACGGCUGAUCAAAAGAAAGUUCUUAGGAAAGCAUGUUAUGCAUUUUAUGAUGCUGCAGCUGAGCUACUUCAGUCUGAGCAUUCUUCACUUCGAGUAAUGGAGCAUGAAAAUUCUAAGAUUUUGAAUGCAAAAGGUGAGCUCAGCGAGGAAAAUGUUGCUUCAUAUGAAAAGCUUCGCAAAUCCUAUGACCAUUUGUACCGUAAUGUCUCAUCAUUAGCAGAAGCACUUGAUAUGCAGCCUCCAGUAAUGCCAGAGGAUGGACACACAACAAGGGUUACUAGUGGCGAGGAGGCUAUUUCUUCUGCUUCUGGGAAAGAUUCUUCUGUUGUUGAACCGAUAUGGGAUGAUGAAGAUACACGGGCUUUCUAUGAAUGUUUACCCGAUCUUAGAGCUUUUGUUCCUGCUGUGCUUUUGGGAGAAACGGAACCAAAAAGCAAUGAGCAAUCUGUAAAAAGUCAAGACCAGUCAACUGAAAUAUUGCCUGAAUCAGACAAAGGGCAAACCACCCGUGAAAGUGGAGAGGUCUCCACAGACCCUAGUGCUUUGCCAGAGGGAGAAAGCAUACAAGGAGUGAAGGGUAAAGAAGAACAAGAGAAGUCUAAAGAAUUGGACCGAGAGAAGGAAAAAGACAAAGAAAAAGACAAGGACAAAGACAAAGAAAAAGACAAGGACAAAGAAAAAGAAAAAGAGAAAGAUAAUGACAAAAAGGGGGAAAAUGAAAAGGACAAACUCAGAAGUCUUGAAGGAACAAACUUGGAUGCUCUGUUGCAGAGGCUUCCUGGUUGUGUGAGCCGUGACCUUAUAGAUCAACUAACUGUGGAGUUCUGUUAUCUAAAUUCAAAAUCAAAUCGGAAAAAGCUCGUGAGGGCAUUAUUCAGUGUACCAAGGACAUCUCUGGAACUACUACCAUAUUACUCACGCAUGGUUGCCACACUAUCCACUUGUAUGAAAGACGUCUCUUCAAUUCUCUUGCAGAUGUUGGAGGAGGAAUUCAACUUCUUAAUAAAUAAAAAGGACCAGAUGAACAUUGAGACAAAGAUCAAGAAUAUCAGGUUCAUUGGAGAACUUUGCAAGUUCAAGAUUGCCCCUGCUGGCCUAGUCUUCAGUUGUUUGAAGGCAUGUUUAGAUGACUUUACUCAUCACAACAUUGAUGUAGCUUGCAAUCUUCUCGAAACAUGUGGCCGGUUUCUGUAUCGGUCUCCAGAAACUUCUAUACGUAUGGCUAACAUGUUGGAGAUACUGAUGCGCUUGAAAAAUGUAAAAAACUUGGAUCCUCGACAUAGCACUUUGGUAGAGAAUGCAUACUACCUUUGCAAGCCACCGGAAAGAUCUGCACGAGUUGCUAAAGUCCGUCCUCCCUUGCAUCAGUAUAUCAGAAAAUUACUUUUCUCUGAUCUUGAUAAAUCUACCAUUGAGCAUGUGCUCCGGCAACUUCGUAAAUUACCAUGGAGUGAAUGUGAACCAUAUCUUUUAAAAUGCUUCAUGAAGGUCUACAAAGGCAAAUACGGUCAAAUUCACCUGAUUGCAUCUCUUGCUGCCGGUUUAAGUCGCUAUCAUGAUGAGUUUGCUGUAGCUAUAGUUGAUGAGGUCCUGGAGGAGAUUAGAAUUGGGCUUGAACUAAAUGACUAUGGGAUGCAGCAAAGACGUGUUGCCUAUAUGCGAUUCUUAGGGGAGCUUUACAACUACAAGCAUGCAGACUCCUCUGUCAUUUUUGAGACACUAUAUCUCAUUCUUGUCUAUGGUCACGGGACACCAGAGCAAGAUGUACUCGAUCCACCUGAAGAUUUUUUUCGUAUAAGGUUGAUCAUUACUCUGCUUGAAACUUGUGGGCAUUACUUUGACCAUGGCUCUUCUAAGAGGAAACUUGAUCGAUUCUUGAUACACUUCCAGAGGUAUAUUUUAAGCAAAGGUGCACUGCCACUGGAUGUCGAAUUUGACUUGCAGGAUCUGUUUGUGGACUUGCGUCCCAAUAUGGUUCGUUACUCUUCUAUUGAGGAAGUGAAUGCAGCUCUAGUAGAACUUGAGGAGCAUGAUCGCAUUGUUUCUGCUGAUAAGGCCAGUGGUGAAAAACAGUCUGAGAAGCCUCCAAGAAGGACCACUUCCUCCAUGGUCGUUGGCAAUGGACAAAGCAUUGAUAAUGGUGCAGAGGACAACGGAGUGCAAGAUGAUGUUAAUGACGGUGAGGCUGAUUCAGGUAGCGAUGUAAUUGAUGAGGAAGGACAUGAUGAUGAUGGGUUGGAUGAGGAGAAUCAUGAUGAUGGGUCUGGGACUGAGGAUGAGGAUGAUGAUGAAGGGCCUGGACCUGCUUCUGAUGAGGAAGAUGAAGUCCAUGUAAGACAGAAGGUGACAGAGGUGGACCCUCUGGAAGAAGCCAGUUUUGAUCAAGAGCUCAAGGCUGUAUUACAGGAGAGUAUGGAACAGCGAAGGCUGGAGCUACGAGGCCGUCCUACAUUGAAUAUGAUGAUUCCAAUGAAUGUAUUUGAGGGAUCUGCCAAGGAUCAUCACGGGAGAGGAACUGGUGGGGAAAGUGGUGAUGAGGCCCUGGAUGAGGAUACUGAUGGAAACAAAGAAGUCCAAGUGAAAGUUCUUGUGAAACGUGGGAACAAGCAACAGACAAAGCAGAUGUACAUCCCACGCAAUUCGUCACUGGUGCAGAGUACAAAACAGAAAGAAGCAGCCGAACUUCAAGAGAAAGAAGAUAUUAAGAGGCUUGUCUUGGAGUAUAAUGAUAGAGAAGAGGAGGAGCUUAAUGGAUUAGGGACCCAGCCAACAAACUGGAUGCAGAGUGGGGGUUAUAGGGGUGGUGGUCGUGGCUACACUUCAGAAGGAACCGGUGGCAGAAGUGGUGGAUCACGCCAUCGGCAUCAUUAUCCCGGAAGUGGCUUCUACUAUAGCAGAAGAAGGUAAAAUGAUAGUGACUAUGGAAAGCAGAUAUUUUAUGCCAUCUGCUUCCUCUCAGCAUGACAAAAACUUGAAAGCAAGGCUUAUCUUAACUUAAGACCUAGCCCUCUCUUUGGCCACUACCCUCUACAUUUCAAACGAUUCACGGCAAGAACAAGUCAUUUUCACUUACCUUGUUGGUAAGUGGUGAUUUUGAACAUGGUGUGUUGGAGAUGCAGGGGUUGUAAGGUGAUGUACACUGUUUUGAUUUCCUAACCUAAGCUGACUUGCAGGGUUGUGGAUUGUGGGUGUUAUGCAGACAUGUCGAAGAUGGAGUCGUGUGACUAUACCCUGUCCUCCAAGCUUAAAUUUGUAUAGCUAUUUGUAUGGAUAUACAAAAUCUCUAAAUGUAAGGUUUUGGUGGUUUCUUAUCAGCCAGGAGGUUGGAUCAUAUUCUGUGAAGGAUGAAUAGGCAAAAUAUGUCUUGAUGCUUUGUCAACUUAUGGAAAAAUGUCAAGCAUCGGUUUAAGAAUAGACCUCACUUGGUCAUUGUGACUGAAUGUUUCGUUAUAGACUGAAUUGCUUGAAAGAUUAGCUCUUAGAGCUUUGAAUUUAUAUUUAUGAUGGUAUGCAAUUAGAUACCCUAAUCUUAGGGAUCCAAUUAUAGUAGUAAACAGAAACCUUACCAAUA